AACCCAGGGCUGGGGCUUCUGCCCUGUGGAAAACCCUGAGAAACUGUCUUGGGCCGUGGUGUGUAGCCAGCUGAUUUCCCCAUAGCGCCUGAGUGGGGCGUGCUCUGGGCUGGGAAAAGGCUCUGCUUGUCUAAAAUGGCCACCUGCCUUAUGAGCCAGGGUUGGCCCCGGUGCUGAGCACCUCAGGGCUCCCCAGAGCAGCCCUUCAGCCAGCCAGCUCUGCUCCCGAAUCUGCCGCUUGCUCUCGUGGGCCCCAGGGACCGGGACAGGCAGAGCUGGAGACAGUUAAUCCGGCCGCAGCAUCUGUGGGGCAGCCCGGGGAUGCCAGUGUGCUGAGGUGGAGCAGCGUGUGCCACGGGCUGUCCCGGCCGGUGCACCUGGCUCUUUGCACGGCGAGGAUGGGGCAGGAUGCGGCCCACCUCGUCUCCCAGCUGGAUGCUCUGGCAGCUAGCAAAAAGUGCUCCUCGAUGAGCCAUCUGUGGUGUAAACUGCAGAUGUAGGACCCGUGGCACAUACAGGAGCCACGCUCACCUUCCAGAGCAGAUCUGUUCUUCUCCUGUGUGGGGCAGAGCAGACCUGGUGGGUCACUAAAGCCACUGUUAGGGCCGUGGGGCUGCUUCCCCGGUCCCAGCCUCUGCCUGCGAGCAGCCAGGAGGUUGGGGUGUUGGCUGAAGCCCCCCUGUUCUGGCACGUGUUUCCUCGCUGUCUUACAAGUGGGCCGCCUGCCUCGUACAGGUGAUGGGGGAGUGGGCUCCAGGCAGUUGAUAUUUGCUGCAUUUUCAUACCUGUUGCUCGGGAAGUGGAACAGAGUCCUUGAACGCUCCUCUGUCGCGUGGUGUGUGCGCUGGAGGGGCUGUUCCAAGGGCACCUGUGCUCCCCCAUCCCUCCAGGUUGACGCUCUGAACGAGGCCAUCUUCCCACGCAGCAAUGGCACCCACGCUUGCUACCGCCCAUCGCCGGCGCUGGUGGAUGGCAUUCACAGCCAUCAUUGAGAACCUGCUCUUCUCUGCUGUCCUGCUGGGCUGGGGGUCCCUCCUCAUCAUGCUGAAGGCAGAAGGGUUUUAUUCCUACCUGUGCCACGAGUCAGAAAACACCACCAGCAGUCCUGAACACGAGAACAGCACAGCUCCAGAGCACAAAUGGCCUUCCUGCAAUGCCCAGGAUGAAAUGCUGAACUUGGCCUUUACCAUUGGGUCCUUCCUGCUCAGUGCGAUCACGCUGCCCCUAGGAAUUGUCAUGGACAAGUACGGCCCUCGCAAGCUGCGGCUGCUUGGCAGUGCCUGCUUUGCUGUGUCCUGUGUGCUGAUCGCAUACGGUGCCAGUAACCCAGACUCUCUGUCUGUGCUGAUAUUCAUUGCGCUGGCUCUGAAUGGCUUUGGUGGGAUGUGCAUGACCUUCACAUCGCUUACGCUGCCCAACAUGUUUGGUGACCUUCGUUCCACGUUCAUUGCUCUGAUGAUUGGCUCCUAUGCUUCCUCUGCUGUGACUUUUCCAGGAAUCAAGGUUAUAUAUGACUUUGGGGUCUCCUUCAUCCUUAUUCUGCUUGUCUGGGCAAGCUGUGCAGGACUAGUUUUCCUCAACUGUUUCUUCAACUGGCCACUGGAGCCUUUCCCAGGACCAGAAGACAUGGACUAUUCGGUGAAAAUAAAGUUCAGCUGGCUGGGAUUUGACCACAAAAUCACUGGGAAACAGUUUUACAAGCAAGUAACAACUGUGGGGCGCCGUCUCAGCGUGGGGAGCUCCAUGAAGGGCCCCAAAGAGCCAGCAGCCUUGCAAGAGAACAACAAGCUCUGUCUGUCUACGGUGGACCUAGAAGUGAAGUGCCAGCCUGACAACACAGCUUCUCCCUCCUUCAUGAAGAGUGUCUUCAGUCCUAUUUUGUUGCUCAGCCUUAUCACCAUGUGUGUCACUCAGCUGCGGCUCAUCUUCUACAUGGGAGCUAUGAAUACCAUGCUCGAGUUUCUGUCUGGAGAUGAAGAUCAAGUGGCUCUCUACACUUCUAUUUUUGGGGUAUUGCAACUGCUGUGCUUGCUGACAGCGCCUGUGAUCGGGUACAUCAUGGAUUGGCGACUGAAAGAAUGCAAUGAUGGCUCAGAAGAGAAUGAGGAGAGCAACGCUGAGCAAAGUGACAAGAAAAAGAAAAAGCGUGAUCGUCAGAUCCAGAAAAUCACCAAUGCCACCAAUGCCUUUGUAUUCACAAAUGUCCUGCUGGUUGGAUUUGGAAUCACCUGUCUUAUUCCUAAUCUACCGUUGCAGAUUCUUUCCUUCAUUUUGCACACAAUCGUGAGAGGAUUCAUCCACUCAGCUGUGGGAGGCCUCUAUGCAGCUGUAUACCCCUCCACUCAAUUUGGCAGCUUGACAGGGUUGCAGUCGUUGAUCAGUGCCCUUUUCGCCCUUCUGCAGCAGCCUCUUUUUAUGGCGUUGACGGGACCUUUGAAAGGAGACCCUCUCUGGCUGAAUGUUGGCUUGCUUGGUGUGAGCCUCCUGGGUUUCUGCCUUCCAAUCUACCUGGUCUGCUACAGACGCAGGCUAGAGAGAGAAAAAAAACAGAAGAUGGAUGAUGCCAAACUUUUCUUCAAAAUCAAUGGCACUCCCAACGAGGAAGCCUUUGUUUAAACUGGUGCUUCAAAUACAACCUCCCCUGUACAGGUUCCUACCACAUCUGUGGGUUCUACCUGUGGUGUAAGCCAGGCUUUUUCUCUCCUGGCUCUGCCAGUCUUUGCUCCUCACUGGAGUGAGGGCUGGACAUCAUGACUGAGCUUUCCUCAGAUACAUGGCAGGAGGAGACUUCCUACUCCUUACUCCAGAACACGGGACACUUUUCCUUUUUAUAAAGGCCAUGCAGAUAUUGUGUCUUAAAUUAUCCCCUGAUCACACUCUCCAGCGGCAGAGUCUCUGCGUAGGAAAUUGGGGAGAGAAGGAAUAGAGGGAUGGGGGAAGGGGGAAGAAAGACCAUAAUUCGAGUUUGCAAAUGUAACAUGCUGAAGUCUGUUUUCUCCCCCUCUUCCCCCAACCUUGGCUGACAUUGUCUCAGAUGGAAGCUGCACUCUCCUCCCUCCCUGUGGCUUCAUAAUGGUCUUUCUGCUUGAUGUGUAGAUGGACCUAGUGGUUUUACUCUCUAUCCAGACAUAGCCCAGACUGUUUCUGAGGCAGGGAAGGGGAUUUUAUUCCUAUGUGUAUGAGCACAGCUUCAGUGUAUUGCUAAAUGUUGGCUGCUAGCACUGACAGCUCCCAAACCUUUUAUUACUGCAAAUGACACAGACCGUGAGCAAUGGAUCUGCCUUCCACACUGAAAUGAAGAGCCUAGUGGACUGCUUGGUCGUUGACCAAGCCUUCAGAGGCCUGGAAUUCCUCUUCUUCCCGGCCUGCAAACCACCUGUAUGUGUUUUAAACUGUCUGCAGUCCUGGAACCUUUGAGAUAAGAAUUGGAUCUUGUUUACCGAUGAAGUGCUUUGAGACUUUGCCUUUUGACUCUUCUUCCCUCUGACAUGACCCUGGGAGGGGAGCAGCAGCGUGUGUUUAGUAAAGUGGAGAAGCUUCUUCAAGCUGAGUUCUGGGACUCCAAACACCUUGGUGUUCAUGUGUCGUGAGCUGACUUGCUGUUGAAAAGAAUCAAGAGUGCAGAACACUCCUUUGUGUCUGGUAACUGGAUCCUGUGGACAUAUGGCAGGGUGAUGUGGUGAUGUAAUUCUUCCCCUAGCCAUAGCUUAUUUACAUUGUUCUGAUAACAGCGCCCAAGCUGCUGAACACCAGGUUACUGUGACUGACCAAAAAGCUGCCGGUUUGGCUGUAUUAAGAGCCUUCUAUGAUGUUGAUGCUCUGUCUGGACAGAGUAUGUGGCGAUUGAUUGUAUGGUAAAGCUGACUUACAGAGCAAUACAUGUGGGUAAAGGUGCCCCAGGCCUGUUCACCAUGGAGGGACUACAAAGGGAAUUGUUAACCUGCUUAUUUUUAUAGAGGUUUUCCUAAGUCUUGUCUAAAGUCAACUUUUCUGCCCUUAACCUUCUUGUUGAGGUCGGUAGCUCAGCCUCCGUAGCCUUGUGACUAGUGUUAACCACUGCGCCAUUUGGAGCUGCUCAAAGCAGGACUGUGCAGCGUUGAGGAUGAACAUCACCAGUGGGUCUGCAGCAGCGCGUGCGCUGGGUUGAGCUAGUGGCUGCAGGAAGGUUGGGGGCAGAAAUAAAGCAGUUACGAAGAUGUAGUGGUGGUGCUUUCUGAACUGCCAGCUGCUGCAUUACUGCAAAGCCUGGCAGGGGGUAAGUAAUUCAUCUUCUUUAUGUCUGGUCGGAAAAGUACAAGACUCAAUCGCUGCCCCGUUAGCUCUAAGCUGGGGAUUAGAAACAAUGGUGCACUCGGACCUUCCUUUGAGAAAUUACCUGGAAACUGGGUGUUAACUUGCUUUACUGAUGGCUUGAAGCAUGCACAUGCUCAGCCCAGCCAGGCCUUCACCUUCCCUAAAUAGCAAGCUCGGUGACCUCUUGCACAGAGCCUCGGCAGGACCGCUGGAAGCCCUGCGGAGUCCCUCGCUGGUGGCCUUGCCAGCCCAGGAUGACGAGGCAGCUUUGUGGGACAGCAGCGCCAUCUCGAGUCACUGCCUCCAGCCAGCCUCCUGCGGGCGGUUCAGCUGCCACUCCACUCCAUGGUACCUUUUAGUCUUCAGUCACUCGUUGGGAAAUGGCUUGCCACUUGAGCAUUUUACACAUUUGUGGAAUUUUUUUAAUGUGUUGCCUUUAUUAAAUGUGUUUGUUCCAAGACAGCCUUACUGCCUGCUGUCAACACUUUACUCUUCUAGAACUUCUUGUCUUUUGUUGGCCUCUAGCUUUGGUGAUGAUUUAGUGAUGUUUCCAGCUUUUGUUUCUUUUGUGUUGAGCAAUAAUUGAGGGGGCAGAGUUUUAAUUCAUUUUCCUGUUCACCUGGCAUUGUCUCAAGUACAUACAUGUUCAGAGACCCACCAGCAGUAGUACAGCUUGCCUAGAUUUCCAGAGGGCUUACUGCAGAUUUCUGCAUUUCGUAUUACUAUACUUUCUCCUAAAUAUUUUGAGAAGAUUCCUACUCUUGCUCCGAGGUAUUUGUGACACGACAAUGACAGAUUAAGUAUCUUUUUUUUUCAGUAAGAGCUCAGACAGGUGAGUCUGAGCCACAGUCCUCAGACUCACAGUGUCUUAAAAUAGAGACAGCUGUUGGAGGGUGUCAAUGUGCUAACUCAGCAUUACCUCCACCUCAGUUUCAGAAUAUCGAAUAUGAUAGCUUCCACUCUUAUGUCACUCGAAUUCCUGAUAUAAAUGUCUUUACAAAAUGGUGGUAUACUGAGUGGCAUAUUUUCAUGAAGUCACAGUGGAGGCGAUGCUGCCUUUGAAGUAUGUGCAGCUAAAUUAAACAAAAACCCACCUUUUAUUCCUGCUGUCUACCUCCCUACUGCAGUUCCCAGUCCUGCCCUUUAUUAGGAAUACCCUCUAACCCAGUUUCACCUGAUAAAGUGGUGGAUAUAUGUGCUCUGUGUCUCUGCUGAUGUGCCAUGGUGUUUAGAAGCUGCUGGUCAGCUGUGAGGAAUAGAGCUCAUGCCUUUGAGUCACAGUUUCAGGCUCUGUUUGCAGGUUGAGAGUAAGGUGUGCCUUUGGCUUGCAGUCACCAGGACUAGUGGGUACACGAUGAAGUUCGAGUUGUUCAGGGUUGAACAGACAAAUGGGAGUGCUUUCUCAUGCAGUGCAAAGUCAAACUGUGGAAUUCAUUGCCGCAGAACAUAGCGGGGAACAGAAGUAUAAAUGUUUUUUAAAAAGGGGCUGGUUAAACAAUGGUCUGAUGCAUCCACUAACUCAGGGAGAUUUUAAGUUGCUGUAAAUAAGAAAGUUAUGCCAAGGAAAGAUUACUUUUCUACAAGCUCUGUCUCUUCAGAAUUGGUCAAAGAUGGAGGAAAUAUAUUCUGGGCUAGGUAGAACAACUGACCUGAUCUUGUGGGGUUUAAUUUACUGACAGUUGUGAACCAAACUAAUUUUAAAAGCAGUCUCAAAUUUUAUCUAUCAAAAAACCCUGUAUCUGCAUCCAAGAUGUGCAAAUACUCUACUGGUUCUGGCAUAACUGCUUAAAUGCUGCACCUUCUCCAGGGGUGAGCCCCUCAGAGGACGGAGUAUUCUGGCUUCAGCCUCUUCUAAAUGUUGUCUUGCAUGGUGCAGAAACAAACCCUGUUGGGAUGGUCCUGUUACGCAUGAUUGUUCAUGGGCAGUUUGCCUCGUUCUUUGAUGCUUAUGGAAAUGUAAUUGUGGAUUACUUACAUUUGGAGUGGAAAACAGCAUUGCUGCUUUCUAGCUAAGUGAUGCAGGACCAAGAGAAUUCCUGAGGUACUCUUCUAUGUGCAUGAGCCACCUUGUGGAAAAAAUUAAUGGGCAACCAAAGACUAGAGACCCACAUCAAUUUAAAUCAAUGUGUUUACCUGUAUAGCUCAAAUAUAGGUCAAUGUGUUUAACUACUUCUGUAAUUCCUAAAUGCUAGAAUUUGUAGGGGGUUUUUUGUGCCCCUUGUACCCCCUUACCCUCAUCCAUAUGAGAAGUCCAAGGAGGGUGGUCAUGGGAAAGACCUCAUCUCCUCCAUAGAAGCAUCCCCAACUGAAUGUAAUGAAGCAGAAACCUGAUCUGUGAGUACUUCCCAGUUUGUAGGAGCCCUCGGAGUCAAGGGUGUUGCUGUGUGAAGGUGAUUGCACCUUCUGGAAACACUGCUCCUGGCCUCUACAGACUCUCACGUGCAUUUAAUAUGCAUCUGUAUUUAAAAAAAAAAAAAAGUUAACAGUGGGGAAGGGAGGGUGACAUCUUUUUCCUUUCACUAAUCUGUCAGUACCUAAGCCCCAUUGACACAGUCUUUAUAGCACUAAUGCAAUGAUGCUAUCAAGAGUAGCAGAGAAAAUCUGUGCUGUUUUGCUUAAUAGACACUUAUAACUUUAUUCAGUUACUGUCAUAAAGUAUCUGGAUCCUUGAGAUGUCUGUGGAAAAAAAAAAAAAAGAGCAAAUCUUGCUGAGACUCCCAACUUAACUGCAGUGCUGCUACAACGAUUGAAAUGUUUAACUCCCACACCAAAGCCUGGCCUCUUCGUGCUCUGUCUACAAAGGAAAAUUAUAGGAUAAUGAGAUUUUAACUAAGUCAGUAAAUCACUAAAAUGUUUUAAAAUAGGAGAUUUUCCUCUUGACAGGCUGAUGAAUUUGGAAAAUAUGCCACAAAAUCUAAAGCAGAUACUGUAGGGUAAAAAGAAUGAAAUCUUUAAAACUACAACUUUUGUUAGGUUGGUUUUUUGUUGUUGUUUUUUUUUUUUUCCUUUGAGUCUUUUCUGCAUCUGCAGAGCUGUUGGUAUUCCCUACUUCCCAGUUUAGAAGUGCAACAUAUUCAUAAUGGAAACUAGUAUUACAGUAGGAUUCCUGAUGGAAAGGGACUGGUCUUGGUUUUGGUUUUUUUUAAUUAAAAAAAAAAAACCAAACCUCACUUCUGAUUUAUAUUUCACAAUGUUAUCUUCUCUGGAAUAGCUGAAACAAUGAUGUAUUAUGUAGAUGCAUUCUUACAUGUUAAUUAUAAACCCUACAGGUCCUUGUUUUUCUACCUGUGCUGCUCAGCCUGUCUCCGCGCAACCUGUUUUUAUCAAGUGUCCUGUGCUCCACGUUGUCAUCCUUCCUACUGCUGCUUGUCACUUCCUUGUGCCUGACCCUCUGUCACUUGCUUUUUAUUCCUGGGACAAUCCCCUUUUUCAGAAAGCCCCCUCUUUUUAACCUGAUGGCAUUAGCUUCUCCCACCUCCUCCUCUUAACAAAAUUUUUUUGUAGCAUUUGUCAAAGUUGAAUUGUAAGCUCCUGGCGGCAGCCCUGUGUCAUCUUUUCUGUGUUUGUAAGGUGUGCGUUCUUGCAGUACUAUCUAAAAAUAAAUGUGGUAUUAAGUUAAUCAUUAGUUUUCCUUUUGAGGCCGAACAUAAUGAAGGUAUUGCUUGGUUCCUAGCAAGACUAUGUAAGCAUGAAUGCUUUACACAGUGUCAUCUGCCAAAGUGCUUGGCUGCACGUUGAAUGUUUCCUUGACUCUUUCUUCUUUAAGUUAGGAGCUAACAGCCAGAUUUUAAUUAAUCUCUGAGAAAAUUUUGAUUUUUUUUUUUUUUUUUUUUUUUUUUUUUUUUUAAAUAUAGACAGCAGGUUGAGAAAGAGGUCAAGCUCAGUUAUAUAGGGUGAACUGGUAUCAAAUAAUGAAAGAUGAACAGCUGUGGCCUUAGACAGGCAUGCUACAGAAGAGGUGCAGGGUGUCAAUAGGAAAGUUGCACAUUUUGGUUAUCUGUGCUUGAGCUUGGUGAUGCUGAAUGUAUGGCAUUUUAUUUUUCCAAUCAAAUAAAGACAAUCCUUGCUCUGUGA